AUGAUUACUUAACAAUAGAGAUAACUAUCCAUCUUUAGUUCGUUAUUUGGUAAGAAGAAGCCAGAGGAAAAAUAACCCGAGCCUAGAUUUGAGAAAGUCCCAGAGAAAAAAGAAGAAGUGAUCUAAGCUAAAGUUGAAGAGCCCGAAAAAGAGCCUACUCGCUAUCAUUAGGCUACUGCUGAUAAAAAGAAGAAACAGAAAUAAGCAGAUGCUGCUGAUACUGACAGAGAUAUUAAGCAGCAGAUCAAAAGUCUUGAUAGAUCUUAAGAAGAUAACUUGUAUGGAAAGUUUAAGAGACAGAGGAAAACAGUGCAAGAGAGAGAUUAAAAUCUGCAUUUGUACCUGCACCCUGAUCUGCAAAAUAACUCCAGAGUCUCAAUUGCUAAGUUUGAGUCAAGAGCAUUUAAAAGAGGAUUAGAUGAAGGAGAGGCACCAUUCCCCGUGUCUCCAAGGAUUGGACCAUAUGAAGUAGAAAAGCCUAUUUUCGGUACUAAAAACUACUAUUGGUGCUCUUGUGGCAUGUCUAGGUCUCAACCAUUCUGCGACUCAUCUCAUUUCGGAACAGAGUUCAAGCCCUUAAAAUUCAGUCUAGAUGAGAAGAGCAAGAAAAUUCAUAUGUGCGGAUGCAAGUUAUCAACAUAAAAGCCCUUCUGUGAUGGGGACACUUGUAAGAAAUUAUUGACUGGAGAAAAGUUUGAGGCAGCCGAAAGACUAUUAGAAAAUGAUAUACAGACUAGCCAGAAGGAGUUUGCUGAAGCUGAUUACCAAGUUGGAGAUUCCGGCAAAAAUAAAGAAUAAUGA